UCCACAAAAGGCCAAACAAAUUACAUAAAAUCGGAAUCGGAAUCAAAAUAAGUGUCCUCCUCCGUGUUGUGUUCAAAAUAUAUAACCAAUUGUUUUCAUUAGUCAAAUUAAAAUAGUAAACGUAUAAAAGUGAAUAAGUUCCUAUCAAAUAAAAAAAAAACAGCGUGUCGAUUGUUGAAAAUUUUCCUACUGCGUCGGAAUUAUUGUCUUGAUUAUUGUUAUUGUUGUUGUUUUGGCAAAUUUUUGUGUUUUGUUUCAACAAACAUAUACUACGUGAGAUUAUUAAUUUCUGCAAAGCAAAAAACAGAAAAAAACGGGAGUGUGAAAAAUCAAAACGAGCAAAUAAAUAAAAUUUAAAACCCCCACAUACACAUCUGCACAAAGACACGCGCAGAGCCGAAAAAAUACGCGCGCUUUAUAGAGUAUAGAGUGUGUUUGUACGCUGGCUCUUCUUCUUACUGCGUGUGCCCAUUGGAAUUUGUACCCCAAAUCGCAAUUACAACAUACACAAACAGAGAGCGACCGUAUAAGCCAUCUUGCUCUCUUUCACCCGCCUAGUAUAGGAGAGUGGGAAAGAGAGAGUGAGAGAGAGAUGGUUUUGUAAUCGUCGAUGCCCCAACGCUUAAACAUUAACGGUACACAGCAACAACUCCAAUCGCCAAGCAGCGGCGCCAGCGGAAUAAUCGCAGCGGCCGCCGUCGUCUCGGUAGCUGCCGCCUCGAGCAGUAGCAACACAACAGAUUGCAACGACCAUUGCAGCAGCAACAGCAUCGAGCAGCAUCAGUUCAACAUUGCUGCCACCACAGCAACACCGGCGACAGCGGCAACAAUGCCGGCUAUGGCCAAGGAGAAAGCCUCAGCACCAGUGUCUUUGGGCGAGUCGAAUUUCAGGGAUAUCAACCUGAAGGACCUGGCUGUGGUCGUCGGAGCCAUGGCAACAUCGGCGGCAACGCGGCUGCACCAGCAACACACAUGUGGUUGUGGAGCGGUAGCGGCGGCAGCCACUGAGAGCAACAACAACAGUCGCUAUGGCAGCAGCAGCAACAAGUAUAUGACAAAUGGUCACACUUCGCCUUUGGCGGCAGCGGUUGCCAGCAACAGUUCGUCGGUGGCCACAACGCCGCAGUGCAGCAAGUUGUGCUGUCUGCAACAGUACCAGAAUGGCAUGUCUGAGCUGAGGCAGCAGAAGGAGCUACAGUUCCUGGACAUGUUGCAUCAGCAGCAGGCGCAACAUCAGCAACAGGCGCAACAACAGCUGCUAAUGCAGCAACAACAACGACAGCAGCAGCAGCAACAACAACAACAACAACAACAACAACAACAACAACAACAACAACAACAACAACAACAACAACAGCAUCAACAGCAUCAACAGCAUCAACAGCAUCAACAGCAUCAACAACAACAGCAGCAGCAGCAGCAACAACAACAGCAGCAACAGCAACAGAAUCCUGCGCCCAGAAGGUCACCAAAUGAUUUCAUUUUUGGUCGUUACAUCGGCGAGGGAAGUUUUAGCAUAGUUUAUUUGGCCGUGGACAUUAAUUCGCGCCGCGAGUAUGCAAUCAAAGUAUGCGAGAAACGGCUUAUCCUGCGUGAAAGGAAGCAGGACUACAUCAAAAGGGAGCGCGAGGUGAUGCACCAGAUGACAAACGUGCCCGGCUUCGUGAACCUGUCCUGCACGUUCCAGGACCAGCGCUCCCUCUACUUCGUAAUGACGUACGCCCGCAAGGGUGACCUGCUGCCGUACAUCAACCGCGUGGGUAGUUUUGACGUGGCCUGCACGCGCCACUACGCAGCCGAAUUGCUGCUGGCCUGCGAGCAAAUGCACCGCCGUAACGUGGUGCACCGGGAUCUUAAGCCCGAGAACAUCCUGCUCGAUGAGGACAUGCACACGCUGAUCGCCGACUUUGGUUCCGCUAAGGUGAUGACGGCCGACGAAAGGGAGUUGGCCACGGAGCACUGCUCGGAGCAGCGGCGCAGCCACUCGGACGAUGACGACGAGGACAGCGAUCGACUGGACAACGAGGACGACGAGUACUAUGACCGAGAUUCGGAGGAAUUGGAGGAUGGCGAGGGCGACGAGGAGCAUCAGCAGCGGGACGAGAUGGACUCGCCGCGCCACCGCCAUAGGCGGUACAACCGUAGCCGCAAAGGCAGCUUCGUGGGCACCGCCCAGUACGUUUCACCGGAGGUUCUCCAGAACGGACCUAUAACCCCGGCGGCUGACCUGUGGGCGCUGGGCUGCAUUGUUUACCAGAUGAUCUCCGGCCUGCCGCCGUUCCGCGGAAGCAACGACUAUGUCAUCUUUAAGGAAAUCCUCGACUGCGCCGUUGACUUCCCUCAGGGCUUCGACAAGGACGCCGAGGAUCUGGUGCGUAAGCUUCUCCAGAUCGACCCGCGCGAUCGCCUGGGAGCCCAAGACGAGUUUGGCUACUACGAGAGCAUCCGGGCGCACCCCUUCUUCGCCGGCAUUGACUGGCAGACUCUACGCCAACAGACCCCACCCCCCAUCUACCCUUACCUGCCGGGCGUGAGCCAGGACGAGGACUUCCGAUCCAACUACAGCGUGCCCGGGGACUUGGAGCCGGGUCUCGACGAGAGGCAAAUAUCGCGACUUCUCAGCGCGGAGCUGGGCGUGGGCAGCAGUGCGGCCAUGCCUGCCAAGCGAUCGACUGCGAAGAACUCAUUUGAUCUAAGUGAUGCCGAGAAGCUUCAGCGCCUCGAGCAGCAGAAGACUGACAAGUGGCACGUGUUCGCCGACGGGGAGGUGAUCCUUAAGAAGGGAUACGUGAACAAGCGCAAAGGCCUCUUUGCCCGCAAGCGAAUGCUUCUGCUGACCACAGGGCCGCGGCUAAUAUACAUCGACCCCGUGCAGAUGAUCAAGAAGGGCGAGAUACCAUGGAGCCCCGAGCUUCGUGCCGAGUACAAGAACUUUAAGAUCUUUUUUGUCCACACGCCAAAUCGAACCUACUACUUGGACGAUCCCGAGGGAUACGCCAUCCACUGGUCGGAGGCCAUUGAGAAUAUGCGCAAGCUGUCCUACGGUGACGCCUCUACCUCCUCCACCUCCGCAUCAGCAUCUGCAGCGUCCUGCUCGAGCGGCAGCAGCAACAGCUUGGCUGUCACUUCGAAUUCCUCCGCAGCCUCCUCCAGCAGCUCACCCACGGCGCGACGCGGCUCGCCCGUAAACGCUUCCCAAUCCUCGACGGUGUCCGACACCCGGACACUGGGCAGCAGCAGAACAGGAAAAUCGCCGAGCAAGAAGACGGCGUCAAAGUGAACGGAACGCUAGUUGUAGCAAUGUGAAAUUAAAUUAUAAUUUAGUUGAAAUUUAGUGCAAAAGAAGCGAUGGCGAAGGAGAAGCGUGAAGAAAUAGAAUUAAGCUUAGCAGUAGGCGUAGGUGAUAAAGAGGAACUAAUGAUCGUGUCUCUAGUGCUAAUUAGAACCCAAUUUCUGUUUUUCGUUUUAUAUUGUGCUUAGGGUGGAGAAUAGUACUUUAAUCUAAACUAAUAUAAAGAUCAAUACAUCAGUAAGGGCUAAGUAAAAUCAAUUUGAAACUUAAAUUAAAUAUUUAUAUACAACAUACAUGAAUACACAUAUAUUCGUAUUUAGCGAGUAGUUAGUCACAAUUUAAAUGAAUUACUGAAGUUUGAUCAGAUCGUUGUGCAGAUCAGAUCGUUGAAGACGACAAGCCGUAUUUAAUUUUUGAAUUACUAGAAAAAUGUGUGAAAAUUGUAUAUAAGGAGAAGUGGGAUUUGUGUUUCUGUGUUAUGGUGGCAAAAAUAUCGCGUAACUGUUAUGUAAAUUUUGUAAGCAAAUGUAACUAUGUAAAGAACUAUAUUAGCUAUAUCUGCGCACGGCAAAAAGAGCCUAAGACGGAGGGAAGGCGCCCGAAAACCAUCGAUCUAUGAGCAUCGGUGAUUUUCCAGCUCCACCGCCCAGCUUUCUAGUUAAUUCUAAUCUAAUGAACUAUGCUAAUUAACAUUAUUUAUCAUUGUCAUUAUGCUUUUCGUUUACCUAUUUGCCCUAUGAAGAAAUGUAUAAGACUUGAGCUACUCUAAUUGCAACCCUAAUGAAAGAACGAAUUUCGAAUUUGAUUUAAUUUUUAUUUAGUAAGAGCCGCUAUUAGAAACUCAUACCCCGGCCGACUUUCCAAUAUGGCCUCUGGUGAACAGACCCAAGUUUGCAAAAAAUCGCGUUCAUUUGUCGCCACCCGUUUUCAAUUGAGUGUGUAAAGCAAGUCUUAUACAGUGUAAUGUGUAAUAGAUUUAAGACAGACUGGGGAAAAGUUUCUAAAACUCGCGCGUAUUAGUUAAAUUUUGUAAUCGUAUAAGUUGCGCCCACUACUACUACUAGACCACGCCCAUCCCCUCCCAUCUUUACAAUUAAGAUAUAGAAAAUAAGAGAAGAGCAGAGGUGUAGCGUAAGGACCGAAGUUGAAAGAAAGCAAAAAAUACAUUUUGUACAUACAUAUCGCCUUUGGGCGUGGCAGCGGUUAGCAGCCGCGGCAGUCGAUAUAAAUCUAAACCUAAUUUAAUUUGUUUCGUAACUCCUAAGUAAAUUAUUUUUGCUAACAUUAAGUAAAAUAAAUUUAACGCAAGAUGCAAACACACACACUUACAUAAGUAUACAAUUAAUUAAAUUAAACGAAAAUUACGAUUUAUUACAAGAUGUCAUAGAACGAGGAGCCACUAAUAGUGAGAGAAACCUGUAAAAUAAAUAUUUAAACAAA